AUGAGCUGGAUCCGCUCUCUCCCCGCAGCACCUGAUACAGUGCAGAUUGAAGGGACCCUAGGAAGUAUCGCGAUGAAAUCAACCCAUACGCUAACUGAUCGAGGCGGUGCACGCAAAGAGCUGCGAAUGGAAGAUAUCUGCUGUUCAGCGCAUGGCCUGUCUAUUCUCGUGACAGCGACAAAAGGAGAUAAGAAGCAUGCCAUUCUCUUCGAUGCCGGCCCUGAAGAGGAUAUCUGGGAGAAGAAUGUCAAGAGGCUGCGGCCUGAUCUUGCUUCUGUGGAGGUCAUUCAGCUGUCGCACUGGCAUCGAGAUCAUUCUGGUGGACUAUGUCGGGCCAUUCGUAUGAUUAAGGAUGCCAAAAAGGCCAAAUCUGACUCUGGUGACCUUGUCGUGGACGUUCAUCCUGACCGACCAGCCUAUCGGGGCAUUGCUUUACCUGAAGAUAUCAUCUCUCUCGAGGCAGAUCCAACAUUUGAUGAAAUCACCAGUGCUGGUGCUGUACUGGACAAGUGGAGCGAGGCUCACACCGUCCUCGACAACAUGUUCCUCAUCUCUGGAGAGAUUCCACGAAUGACACCCUAUGAGACCGGCCUCAAAAACGCUGUGCGUUAUGACCCGGACGAAAAGGAUUGGUUCUCAGAUGAAGUCAUAGCCGAUGAACGCUUCCUCGCAUGCAAUCUCAAAGUUUGGGAGAAACGCUCUGAUUAUUUCAUAGGCAAGGGAAUUGUUGUGUUCACAGGCUGUAGUCAUGCUGGCGUUGUGAAUGCUUCAAAACAUGCAGUUGGUCUUAUCGGUAAAGCAACACCUCUUCACGCAGUGGUAGGUGGUUUUCACCUAGCCACAAGCGAAGAGUCCCAAAUCAAAAGCACAGUGGCUGAUCUCAAACGACUCGACCCUGCUGUAUUGAUGCCAGGUCACUGCUCAGGCUGGCGAUCCAAGUUCGCCAUUGAAAAACAACUGCCAGGCACACUGGUACCUUGUACUGUCGGUAUAAAAAUCAGCUUUUAG